CGGGGAUCUCGGAUAUGUAAGUUAUGUAAACUCGUCGGCAAACUCACCCGUCUCCACCAAUAUGUCUGACUCUUUCUGCUGGCCCCCUGAACUUUCACUUGAGAUCUUCCAAAAUGCGCCGAACUCUUCGUCGGUCCUGUGCCGCGUGUGCCAAAUCUAAACAUAGUUGCGACCUUCGCACGCCGCGCUGCUCCCGUUGCAUCAAACGCGACGUGAACUGCGUCUAUGCGAAUGAGCCUGGGAAGGCAUUGCCCUCGUCCCCCGGACAUGGCGAUCGCUUAUCACAGCACCCAGUCAAUAGACGGGGAACAUUAACGGGCUAUCGCAUUGGGUCUCUUGACCCUUUUGACUCAUACCCGGAGACCAGACUUUCUCGCCAACACGUACAACGUCUGAUCCACAACUUUGUACACAAGAUCGUCUUUCAAUACUACCCUCUAGACCUGAACGCGACGUCAAACCCGUUCCUUGUCUCCUGGUGGCCCCUUGCCUUGGGCGAUCCCGCCCUAUUUCAUGUCUCGCUCCAGACGGCCUGCCUGGACGAGGAGCUGUUGGCCCAGAAGGGCUUUCAGGCCUCGGAGAUGCUAAUGGCCGACUCGAUAGCCUUGCUUCGACGCAAGGUGGAAGACAGGUCAUUGGCCGUGCAAGACGGAACUAUGAAUGCUGUCAUCACCUUGGCCGCUAUCGAAUUUGGAAAGGGCAAUAUCGAGACCAGUGAAUUGCAUGUUGAGGGGGUGAAGAAGAUCGUCGCCAUUAGAGGUGGCAUAAACGCCGUGAGACAGACCAGCCCGCUUACGGCGAGAAUGGUGAGCUGGGUAUCCAUGCUCAUCGUGGGCCAUCCCCAGUUCAAGACCCAGGACGACGUCGGGAUCGGAGAUGGCAUACCUCCUCCCACCCCGGAAUGGCAACUGGGAUCGCCGCCGGUUGAGAACAACCUCGUCGAACUCGACAACAGCCUGGAUAUUGAUCCCGAAGUCCGAACUGUCUUUCUCCGUGUUCGCCACAUCUUCCAGCGCGCGCAACAAUCACCCCUACCGACCACGCGACUUCACGACCUGGCCUGUUUUGUUGUACACCGGCUUCUACACUCCGAACCAGACAUGGCCGCCGCGAAAAUGUCCCCGAUGAGCGAAUGCAUCUCCUACGCAACCAUACUCUACAUGUUCAUCGUUCAAGGACCGACAUAUUACUCGCAUGCAGUGAUAUUCCGUACCAUUGUUACGCGCCUGAUGCACUCGCUGCAAAACCAGCUUCAUGUGAUACUACCCCUUUCCCCCAAUUCCAUUGACGUCUGGCUUCUGGCGAUCGGAAUGGUGGCUUCUACGGGUACGGCCCAGUACCCGUGGUAUAGGGACCGGUCACGGGCCGUGGCUGCGUCGCUGCAGCUGGGCGAUUGGAGCGCCGUCCGCCUGCAUAUUCAGAGCGUUUUGUGGGUUGAGACUCUGCGCGGCGAAGAUAUCUUUCGAUCCCACUGGGAUGCU